AUGGCUGACACGCUCUCUCUGGCUGGCAAGGUAGCCUUGAUUACCGGUUCCGGCAGGACAGGUGGAAUUGGGGCGGCCAUUGCCAGGACCUUUGCCAAGAACGGAGCCUCUGUGAUCAUUCACUAUGCUUCAAACAGUUCUAAAGAGAGUGCUCUAAAGAUAUCUGCCAGUAUUGAGGCCGACUUCAAGGUCAAGUCCACUGUGGUUUGCGGACGUGUGGACCAGCAGGAGACGGCGCGCGACAUAGUUGCGCAGGCUCUCGCCGAUCUGAAGACGCCGCAUAUUGACAUUUUAAUCAACAAUGCUGGCGGUGCUGGCCACAAGCCCCUGUUGGAGACGACGGCAGACGACUUUACCGGUAUUUUUGGGGCCAAUGUCUUUGGUGCCACAUACUUGACACAGGCAGUUGUCACAGUGGGCAAGAUGCCGAAAGGUGGUCGCAUCAUAAAUGUCGGAACUGCAGCAUCCAGGAUGCAGCUCGACAGCUAUGCGGUUUAUGCCGCCGCGAAGGCAGCCCAGGAUGCUCUGACGUCGGCAUGGGCUGGAGAGCUGGGGUUCACCCACGGCAUUACAGUGAACACGCUGGCACCUGGUGCAUUUGUCACGGACUUGACUCGGGAGCUGUGGAUAAAGGAAGACGGAACGUCGAGCGAGAUGGCUCAGUGCAUCAUUGCCAGGACCAAAGCAGAACCAAGACUGGGUGAGUUGCAGGACAUGGCGGACGCCGCGCUCCUCUUGGUUUCUGAAAAGAGCCGCUGGAUCACGGCACAAUGGAUUGCUGUAUCAGGAGGGACCUACUAG